AUGGUGACAACCUUCAUCUAUAACCAUACGUAUAUUGUGAGUCUCAUGAAAAAAUAUACUGGCGGUAGAGAUAUUGUUUGUCAUGGUGUUACCCGAUUUGCAACUCAAUUUCUACAACUUCAAGCAAUUGUUAAACAAAGGGAAGGUCUUGAAAACAUGUUCGAUUCUAAAGAAUUUAGAAAAACAAAAUAUGUUAAAGAGAAGAAAGGAUCGGGAUAUGAAGCAAGAAAAGUUGUUAUGAGUAGGGACUUUUGGAGUAAGGCCAAUGACAUAUUGAAAGUAUUUGAGCCAAUUGUAAAAAUUUUGAGACUAGUGGAUGGUGACGAGAAACCAACAAUGGAUUUCAUAUAUGAAACCAUUAAUCGAGCAAAACAAGCAAUUCAACAAAAUUCUCGUUAUCAUUCCAAAUAUAAUGAUAUCAUUGACAAGCAUUGGAAAGUCAUGCACUUUGAUCUUCAUUUUGGUGGUUAUUUUUUUAAUCCACAAUUUCAAUAUGGAAUCGAGCAUGGAAAAGCUAUUUAUAAAGAAACAUUUAAUGGAACAAAGAAUGUAAUCAUGAAAGUAGAAAGAAACAUGGAUGAUCAAAUCAAAGAUCUAAACCAACUAACACUUUUUAGAGAAAAGAGUGAAACGUUUGGUAGACCCCUAGCUCAAAAAUCUUGGUCUAAGAUAGAUGUAGGUCAAAUGGCUAGUAAUCAAGAAAACUCACAAGAUAGAGAUGCUCCAGAUACAAAUCCUCCAGCUGAUACUUUAGCAAGAGAAGUUGCACGAGGCAUCACCAUUAUGAGGGGAAUCAUUCGUGAUAGAGACAAAGGAUUAAUAUAUAAUUUAUAA